AUGAAGGUGUACAAAGCGGAACAACUUGUCGACCCUGGACACCCGGCUGCCUCCAUCAGAAAAGCACUUUUCCCGAACGUUAGAAGGGAUGACUUGGGGAUAAAGAUGAUGCCAACUGGACUGUUACUUCGCGAGAAAAGGCAGUUCCCCGCGAUACCUAUCUUGAGUUGGAGAGAGCGCGUCGAGAUGGCGAAAGAAGGGGGUCUAACUGCUCGCCAUUUGCAAAACAACAUCAACUUGCGGGGCACGAUAUUCAAACCGGGGGAGCAGCUAUAUCCGAAGUACGACUACAACAAUGUUCUCCUUCCUACGCAGAAGAUCACCCCUUGCAGUCCGGUCCUCGACGUCUUGUUGAAAAAGACCUGGAGACGGGUCCCGAUGGCGUUCCACAUUUCUACGUCCAAAGCUCGAAUGGGGUCGUUUCGUCAUCAAAGGAAGCACAUAGAGAAACGGUUGAGAGCGGCCAUCAAUCUGAUAGUUACCCGAGGCGCGUAUUUCGACCGCGAAGCGGAUAAAAUUGGUAUUAACAUGGAGGACAGUGGUAGAAAGUGGGUCAUGCAGGGCUGGACAUAUAUGUUCCUACCUUCCACAAAAAUCCACCAAAUGCCAUAUACUGAGCUCAUCGACCUCCUUCGAACUUUACUUGCCCACAUCAACUCCCAGGCUAUGACUAUGGAAAAAAAGUGGUUGUAUGACUCUCUUGUAGCAGAGGAAUUGGGCAGUAGACUGAAUCGCACAGGGGAACGAACUAAAAGUUUGUCAUCUUCUGCUGUUUCUGAUGUCCAUCUGACCGGCCUUCUCCAAGAUGACUCAAUGCACCCCGAUCUAGUCGAAAAGGUUGGUCUGGUGAACCUACAAAAGUCUCGUGCUCAGAAGCGCGAUUCGGCCCCAGAGUUGAUAACAUCUGACCGAAAAGAGGAACAGCAUGGUUUGAGCAACGUGUCCACAGAGGCUUUGCCGUCCAGAAUCCUCGCUGGCAAGACCCCGGCCGUCUGGAAGCAGGAGCUUAUCUCUAGCUUGUCGCUCUUAGUCGGUCAGAAACACAACUCCUCCCACGAAAAGUAA